AUGAUUGACACCCUUGACUACCAAGAGAGUUGCAAAGCUCCUAACCAAACUCUACCACCCUCGUCAUGGGCAGCUACAUUUGUUGCCAUGAAACUUGGAGAGUGGCUGGAGUACAACGAUUGCACUAUCCAAUGGAUUCAAAUAGAAGCUGGCCACAGAUAUCCCUCUGAUGUUCCUGUACUUGCUGGCUCUUUGAUUAGUGUUACUAUGAUAUCAAAGACAUCGAUAAACUUCCACUUCUUUGGGCUCAUCAUGAGAUCCGAGCAACAACAAGGCUUGACUUUGGAACAAGCUUAUAAAGUAUUUCCUGUAUAUGCACUUAUUCGCCAGCUCAUUGCUCUUCUUGAGCCGGGAGUUCACUGUGAGAUUGAUUCGAAUCCUUUGCGGUUUUCUCAACUCGAGAAACCUUUAGAAAGCUGGAAAGAGGCAUUGUCACAUACUAUCGAUCUCUUGAAUGUAGCAACUGGUGUGCUUCUGUGUGUUGUCGAUGGUCUUGAAUACAUGUAUCAUGGAAAAGCGAAAGCAAUGUAUAGUAAUAUCUUAGCUGCGUAA